AUGCCGUCGAUUGAUGACCGUACUCGGGAGGAUCUUCUCAACAAGGAACGCGAUCUCUGGGCUGCCCUUACAUCCGCUGACCCAGCGCCGGCCGUCCAGAAAAUGUGCAACUCCAAAGUUAAUAUGAUAUUCCCGCAAAUUCCUAUUCUUACCUUAGAGGAUGAGUCUACUUUCAAGGACGCUUUGGAGCUACCGUUUCGCCGCUUCGAAACUUACCAGCUGAAUAUAGCUCAAACGAUCAUUAUCGGACUUAUGGCUGGUGUCAUGACGUACGAGGUGCGCGCCAUAAGGGAGGGGAGCGAGUAUCGAGCCACGGCUUCAACUACCUGGUGUCAAGAUUCCGAUGGCGAGUGGCGGGUUGCUUGCCAUCAGGAGACUUUACUGUAG